UUAAAUUAAAUCAGUAUAUAAAUGGUAUUAUGAUACUGAUGAUGAUGAUACAACAACGGAAGGGUUAAAAAGUUUUAAUUGCGAAUGGCGGUUAACGGUGUAACGAUAUCGGAGACGAUAACGGAAUCGAUAACUGAACGAUUAUCGCAUCUUGAAAACCUAUAUUUUCCAAGGGCUCAACAAUCUUCUGCUAUCGAUCCUUCCCAACGUAAAUCCAUCAUUCAGGAUCUUUUUAACCGCAACCUCCCCGUUUUUUUAGAGCGCUAUGGAUCCCUGCUAACAUUGGAGGAGCUUAAGGAAUUUGAUAUAUUAAGUGACGAUUAUGAAAUUAAUUGGCAUCUAAACCAUCUUCGGAGUUUGAUUAGUCCAACAUUGGAGGAUGUGAAGACGAGAUCUGCAAAGGUUAAGAAUAGGAGACGCGCAUACAUGGAUAGGUUAAUGUUUGAUGGGAACUUUUUCUCUGAAGAUGCGAUGCGGGAUAGAGAACCCUACCUGCACCAUGAGUUUGUUGGGAAAUUCCAAGACCAAAGUGAAAGACGCAUGUCUAGGCCCGGGGAGAGGUGGUCAGAGACAUUGUUGAGGAGGGCAGAUGAUGAUCUUUUGGUGGAGAAGAUAAGGAGUGAGCAACAGAGAUUAGGCGUGGAUGAAAGGGAAUGGGUGGGGAAUGAGAGAAAGUCAGAUGAAGAGGAGGAGGACGAAGAGGAAGAAGAUGAAGUGGAAGAAGAGAAUCAUGGUGAUGUCAAUGUUGAAGGGAUGCAUCAACAAAAGGUCCUUCCAGAGGCAACUAGUUUAUCAGCUGAGGAGAUGCAGGAUCGGAUGGACCAAUUUACUCAUGUGAUGCAGCAGAAGUUUCUUGCAGGUGAAGAUGAUCAACAUUUUAAUUACUCAACUAUAGAUGAAGAUGUGACAUUAGACGAUCACUGGAUGAGGGAAGCUAAUCAUGAUGCCGAAGAUAAAUACUUUGCUGAUGUUUGAAAAGCAAGGUCUCUGGCUAUGUAUAUCAGUAACUGUAGUUAAACUAGUGUAAUUAGUUAUGAUCUUUGAAAUCUUCCAUCAAACUAUGUUUUCGGUUGUGGGAAUAUUCAAGCAUGGUUUUGUUUA